AUGGUGACGAUUUUAACAGUGUGGAAACUGUUUGCUGUGGAGUUGGAAGAGCUUCCUUGUAAUGCGACGGCAAAACUUUGUAAGACCCGCAACAAUUUCGUGUUCUGGGACAUGUUUCAUCCAACACAAGCUGCCUUUCAGCUGACUGCUGUGAUCCUCCAUGAUGGUGAAGCUAGGUUCGUUGCCCCAGUCAACUUUCGUAAACUAACUGAAGACUGUUAG